AUGCGCUUUUUGUCCCUGCGAAGGGCCCGCUCCCGGUUGCGAAAGAGCACCAGCACCACAGGCCUCUUCGGCAGAAGCUACGCGUCCGUAACCGACGCCGACCUCGACUUCUUCCGCGGCGUCGUUGGCGCCGACCACGUCAAGACCUCCCCCGAGGACCUCGAGAGCUUCAACACGGACUGGAUGAAGAAGUACCGCGGGGCUUCCCCUGCGGCCGUCCUGCCCAGCAACACCGAUCAAGUUUCCCGCUUGCUUCGGCACUGCAACGAGCGGCGAAUCGCAGUCGUGCCGCAGGGGGGCAACACGGGCCUCGUCGGAGGGAGCGUGCCCGCCGGGCGCGCGGGCGUGGGGGAGGUGGUGCUGUCGACCUCGAGGAUGAAGAGUGUGGUAUCGUUCGACCCGUUGGCCGGGGUCCUCACGUGCGAGGCUGGGUGUAUCUUAGAAAAUCUGGACGCCUACCUGGCCGAGCAGGGGUUCGCGAUGCCGCUCGACCUGGGGGCCAAAGGCUCCUGCCAGAUCGGCGGCAACAUCUCCACCAACGCGGGCGGCCUCCGCCUUCUCCGGUACGGCUCCCUACACGGCUCGGUCCUCGGUCUCGAGAAGAAAUAG